CUCUCUCUCUCUCACAGUGCUAUCCUUUUCGCUAGAAGGAAGGCAACCUCAGCAAAAGCUCCCAUCUGAAACUUCUUUCAACACUAUUGGAGCUUCGACACACACCUCUCUCCCUCUAACUCUUUCUUCUAAUUCAGCUCAUAAUCAGCAGCUCCUGUCUUUCCGCCAUGUCUGAAGGCAAGAGCAAUCCUUACAACAGUUUUGAUCCUUUCAACUACAGUUUCUCCCCCUUCCUUACCCCUAAUGAUAGUAACUAUCCCUUCUUCCACAAUAAUCAUCCUCAGCAACAACACCCGCUACAAGCUACACAGGAUCGUCCAUCAGCUCCCUCGAACUCCACAUUCCGAGCCUUCUUAGAUGGUUCCAUGGAUUACAGCACUCUCGAGAGAGACUUUGACAUGUCUUGUUGCUCAUCCUCUGAAGUAAUCAGCACCGAAGGUUCGAGAAAGGGUGCAUCGAUCUUGAGCGAGAGUAACAACCAGUCAACCCCUAAUAAUUCCUCAUCGGCCCUGUCUUCAUCGUCUGAAGAGAUGGCGGCGGUUGGAUCGGAAGACAAAGACAAGGGCAAGAUCAUCCAAGAUGAGCAAUCAACAGGAUGUCACGGAGAUCAUGACCAAGAAGAGAAGUCUAAAAAAGGGGACAAAUUAAAGAAGAAAGAGAAGCGCCCGAGGCAGCCUCGGUUUGCUUUCUUGACAAAGAGCGAGAUCGAUAAUCUUGAAGAUGGAUAUAGGUGGAGAAAAUAUGGACAAAAAGCAGUUAAAAAUAGCCCUUACCCAAGAAGUUACUACCGGUGCACUAGCCAAGGAUGCACAGUCAAGAAGCGAGUCGAAAGAUCAUUCCAAGACCCCACGAUUGUGGUCACAACAUACGAAGGCCAACAUACUCAUCAUAGCCCCGCGACUCUUCGGGCCAGUAACUUUGCCGGAAUGUUAAUGCCUCCAAAUUUGCGAUCAACAUGUCUAAUGGAGCCACCUUACUUUCAGCAAGAGUUAUUGGCUCAGCUACUCCAAAUGGAAAACAAUCCCCAAGAAGACCCGAUGUCCAAAAUCUACCAAAACUUGGACCCUGAACUCCAAUUCCGACUUCCUUGAGAAUCUAUAUUCUUUCGUAGCGAGCUGGGAGCGCAUAGUCGCAAAGAGACCACAUUUGAGGACUCCUAAUCUCAUGUUGCUUCGUAAUUGUAUUGCAAUAUUAUUGACAUACUAAUGUGCCCGUAUUAUUCCUAUGUAAAGCAGUCCAUUGUUAUAUGUUCUUGAACUGUGUUUGAUAUGGUGAAAAACCAGCUUCUGAUGGUGUAGAGAUCAAA